ACCGCUUGAUGGGACGGCACGGGGACCCUUGAGGGUUCGGUUACACAUCUAUCCACCGGAGGGGUUUUUUUUUUUGUAACGCCAGUUCCGAAUUCGAAAUGCUCCGCGUUUGUGUGUGUGUGUGUGAGUAAGAGAUGGAUGGUUUCUUCUUUUUAUGUUUUCGGGGGAAGGAAGGAAACCCUUACCUGUCGGGCAGCUCAGUUCGAGUUGGAUCGUGCAGCAGUAAGUACACGCGUCGUGGCAGUGCGUCGUCGUCACGAUCGCGACGAAGGAACGUUUUCGUGUGUGUAUUUGUGUGUGAAAGAGAGAGAGAGAGGGAGAAAAGGAGAGAGCCAGAGUGGGUGUUUGGGAGCUGGCAAAGUGUACGAAAUUGAUGGGCUGCCCGCAUGUGCCCCAGGGCACACAGUGAGUGAUGCAAGGGAGCGUUUUGUAGGCAGGCGUCCCGGAACAGUGCCCCAAACCAGUCAACCCAACCCAAAACCCAAAACCGAAACCGAACCGCCGGGUAGCAAAGGUUAGCGCCGACGUGUCCGCAUCCUGCCGGCCAGUUCCAUGACCAAGCAAUCGGCAAUCAAACUGCUCAACAUGGUGGCGAACGGACGCAAGCGACACUCGUCGAUCAACGAGCAGCAGCUGGUGCCGCUCGAACCGCCACCGGGCAGCUGCCUGUCGUCGCCGACGCCGCCGCCGCCGCCGCCCGCUGGCUCCGGCACCGGCCGCUGCUAUCAGUCGUCCCUGCGCAGCUACAGCAAGUGGUCGCCGACCGAGCAGGGCGCGACGCUCGUCUGGCGCGAUCUGUGCGUGUACGCGACGGCCGGACCGGCCAAGGGCGGCGGCUGCGGGGGCGGGGGCGGUCCGCCCGGCUGCCACCGGCCCACGAUCAAGCGCAUCAUCAACAACGUGAGCGGUGCGGUCACACCCGGGACACUGAUCGCGCUGAUGGGCUCGAGCGGUGCCGGCAAGAGUACGCUCAUGUCGGCCCUCGCCUACCGUACACCCCCCGGAACCGUCGUCCAGGGGGACAUCCUGGUGAACGGGCAGCCGGUCGGGCCGUACAUGUACCGGCUGAGCGGGUUCGUGCACCAGGACGACCUGUUCGUCGGCUCGCUGACCGUGCACGAGCACAUGUACUUCAUGGCGAAGCUGCGGCUGGACCGGCGCGUCGGCCACCGGGCGAUCGACCAGACGAUACGGGACCUGCUCGAGCGGGUCGGGCUGGCCCGGUGCGCCGGCACCCGCAUCGGCGAGGCCGGCGACGGCAAGAUGCUGUCCGGGGGUGAGAAGAAGCGGCUCGCGUUCGCGACCGAGCUGCUGACCAAGCCGACGCUGCUGUUCUGCGACGAGCCGACGACCGGCCUGGACUCGUACGGUGCGCAGGCGCUGGUGUCGACGCUGCAGCAGCUGGCCCGCCGCGGCACCGCCAUCAUCUGCACGAUCCACCAGCCGUCCUCGCAGCUGUUCUCGAUGUUCGACCAGGUGAUGCUGCUGGCGGAGGGCCGGGUCGCGUACGCCGGCCGGCCGCACGAGGCGCUCGCCUUCUUCGCCCGGCACGGGCACGCCUGCCCGCCCAGCUACAACCCGGCCGAGUAUCUGAUCGGGGCGCUCGCGACCGCCCCGGGGUACGAGCAGGCGUCCCAGCGGGCCGCCCACCGCCUGUGCGAUCUGUUCGCGGUGAGCGAGGCGGCCGGCCAGCGCGACGUCCUCAUCAACCUGGAGGUGCACAUGGCGGAGAGCGGCGACUAUCGCGUGACCGACGAGGUGCAGCAUCUGGCCGGCCGGCCCCACUGGCUGCACACGACCGCCUGGCUGACGUACCGGGCGCUGCUGACGGUGGUGCGCGACCCGACCGUGCAGUAUCUGCGCCUGCUGCAGAAGAUUGCGAUCGCACUGAUGGCCGGGCUCUGCUUUACCGGUGCGAUCGAGCCGACCCAGCUCGGGGUGCAGGCGACGCAGGGCCUCCUGUUCAUCCUCAUCUCGGAGAACACGUUCACGCCGAUGUACGCGGUGCUGGCCGUCUUUCCCGAAACCUUUCCGCUCUUUAUGCGCGAAACGAAGAACGGCCUGUACCACCCCUCCCAGUAUUACGUCGCGAACGUGGCCGCGAUGCUGCCCGGGCUCGUGCUGGAGCCGCUCGUGUUCGUGCUGAUCGCGUACUGGCUCGCGGCACUGCGCCCCACGCUCCACGCGUUCCUGGUGACGGCGGCCGCCGCCACGCUCGUGAUGAACGUGUCGACCGCGUGCGGUUGCUUCUUCUCGGCCGCGUUCAACUCGCUGCCGCUCGCGAUGGCCUACCUGGUGCCGUUCGACUACAUCCUCAUGAUCACGUCCGGCGUGUUUAUCCACCUGAACACGAUGCCGGCCGCGACCCGCUGGCUGCCGUACAUCUCCUGGAUGAUGUACGCGAACGAGGCGAUGUCGAUCGCCCAGUGGGAAGGUGUCAGCAAUAUCACCUGCCCCGCCGUUGACGACAAGCUGCCCUGCCUGCGGACCGGCGGCGAGGUGCUGGAGCACUACAGCUUCAGCGAAACGCACCUGGCACCGAACCUGUGGGCGAUGGUGUUGCUCUACUUCGGCUUCCACCUGCUCGGCUACCUGUUUCUGUGGCGCAAAACCAAGCGCUAGGCGCGUCCGGGCAAUUCUCACCAUGUACUCGGCUUUUGUUUGGAAAUACACCAGAGCGAAACCGCG